AUGUUGCGAAAAGAAGUGAUUUUCUGCCUCGUCCUGGCGGCGGCGGGCGGCACCCACGCCUUCCUCGCCACGUCCCUCAACGCGAGCGACCCCGACGUGGCCUGGAUCCUGUGCCCGGAGCAGACGACGGGCGUGACCCGCGACCACAAGUGGAUCACCCGCGAGGCCGUCCGACGCAACCUCCGCCAGUUCUUCCUGGAUUACCCGCCGGAGUCGCAGCCGGGCUUCAACGUGCCCACCGACGCCAGCCUGACGGAGCUCUACCACGCCUACUAUGGCGCGGCCGCGUCGCCCGCCCGCUUCAUCAAGGCGGUCAACUCCAUCGCGGCCUCCAACGUCAAGGCCGACUCUCUGCCUCAGCUCAAGUACGACCCCCAGAUCCAGGGCGACGGCGAGGACCUGCAGUCCCUCCAGGACAGCAUGGCCACGAGAUACCCCCAGAUCCUGACCUCGAUCCUGCAGGACGAGGCCUACCCCGCCGCCCGGACCUUCCUCGGCCUCUCCCUCCACUCCCUGCAGAAGUUCUACUCCCACUCCACCUGGGUCGAGCAGGGCAACACGGGCAUCCUGGAGGACUUGGGUCUGCCCGGGUUCCUCUACGACGACCUGGCCGACGCCGCCGAGGACGUCUGCAGCGCCUGCGCCAGCUCUCAGGGAGCGUGCGCUGGGAACGUCAUCAAGAGCGCAGGACUCUCGAGCGGCUACUACCAGUACGACGACCCAGCGGCCACCGGCAUCCUGCUCCCGAAGCCUACCUCGGGAGGCAAGUGCAGCCACGGCGGCGUCCUGGACGACAGCUCCUCCGUUGCAGCUCAAGGAGGGAUCAACAAGGACACGGCCUCGCCCUGCUUCUCGCCCCACUACCACUUGCACGAGCAGGCGGCCGAGCUGGCGGUGCAGGCUACAGUUCAUUACCUGAAUGUCCUGCUGGACGCUGUUGGCAACGACAAGUACCGACGGCUGUUCGACUUGUACCACGGGUCUGCUCUCUCCAUCGCGAUCGACACCACGGGCUCCAUGGUCGACGACAUCGCAGCGGUCAAGGAGCAGGUGCAGCAGAUCGUCGACAGCACUUCCGCCGAACUCUUCAUCCUGUCGCCGUUCCACGACCCAACUGUGGGACCCGGACUCAAGACGACCGAUCCCCAGGAGUUCAUGGACGCCGUCAACGCCCUCCACGCCGGCGGCGGCUGCUGCGGCAUCGAGGAGAAGUUCUGGGGCGGCCUGCAGCUUGCCCUCAGCAUGACCCCGAACUACGGAGACAUCUUCUGCUUCACCGACGCCGGAGGAAACGACGGAGAACUGAUGGAGGGCGACAUCGCAGUUGCUCAGCAGCAGCACAAUAAGGUCACCAUCAUCUACAGCUCCAACAACAGGGCCGGCAGCGAGCGGGACGUCCUCACCCACGUACCGGAAUACCAGUACCUCGCAGAUUCGACGGGCGGCUUGUACAUUCCCUCGGAGAAGUUCGACAUCGAAGCCAUCACGCCCAUCCUUGGCGAGGGCGUGGAGAGCCAGAGCGUGGACGUGACGAUGGUGAAGGGCCUGACCGGACCCAACGACCUCGAGGUUCCCAUCGACGACUCCAUCUUCGACUUCCAGGUCCGUCUCUCCGGCACAGUGACCGAAGCUGUUCUCAAGGACAUCACGGGCACUGCGUACGACCUCACGGACCAAGCCUCCCUGGACAGCGACCCGAACGUCGAGGUCAUUGCCUACAGCCCCAGCCUGAAGGCCAUCCGCUGGCUGUCCCCUCGCUACGGCCAGUGGAACCUCCACACCGACUCCAGCUCCACCUACAGCAUCUCCGUCAGCGCUAACUCCACCCUCAGCUUCAUGGGCGACUUCUCCAUUCUGGAUCCCCGCCCUCCGCAUCCCCACUACGAGCUGGUGGAGGGACGUCCGCUUAUCAACACGGUGUACUACAUCGAUAUUGUGCUCGUCGGUUACCUGGAAAGUGACGUCACUAACGUAAACAAAGUUGAAUACGUAGACAAGACUGGAUCGCUCCUCCGCACAAUCCCUUACCACGGCGAGGUCGACGACGAGUUCUACAUUCGAUCAGAUCCUCUCCCCGAAGAGCCCUUCUACAUCAAGCUGUAUGGUCACGUUGGAUCAGGCAAUGUGUUCUGUCGCCUCCUCUCCGUGAUCAUGUCGCCCGUGGAAACCAGCGUGGGAGUCCUGGCGACCGCCGACGACCUCUCCGCGCGCCCGGGGGAGACCGCCACAGGGGACUUCAUCGUCUCCAACUUCGGCCUCGACUCCUACUUCAAGAUCACCGGCACGGACGAUAAGGGCUUCCUGACCAGCAUCACCCCGGACAGAAUAUUCCUGAAGUUCAACGAAACGGGAACCGUGACCGGGCAUUUCUCAGUGGCAUCCAGUGAAAUCCCCGGUACAGUCAGCAUCAUCACAGUCACCGCCCAGAGUGAAACCCAGACCCAGUCAGUGAACAGCGCCAUCAGCCAGUUCCUCGUCCUUCCUCUUGUGACGGACGUCGACACCCCGAUCUGCAGUCCCUCCUCUACCCCAGACUGUACAGGCUACAACCUCAAUGGCAUCUGCAGCGAGAAGAACUGGACCGUCAGUGCUACUCUGCAGGACAGUAAUUCAGGUCUGAGCGUCGUGUAUGCCAGGCCUGACGGCUUCCAGACAGAUGUCAGCGCCUUCACCCCCGGAACGACAAGUGACGUCAGCGUCACGUAUUUCGCCUCCUGCUGCACCACACAGGUAGACAUCAUCGGCGUCGACGUCCAGGGCAACAUCGGGAAGUGCCAGAUUGACAUGGGCACUCUUGGAGGGUAUGUGUUUGACUUCGAGGCGGUAACGGAGGGCGUGACGUGGGUGUACCUGCGCUGGAGCAUCACGCCCACAGAGUACGCCAUCCACAAGUACACUCUCCUUAUCAACAACGACUUCACUGAAGACGUCCGCUGUCCCGAUUUGACUUGCUACCACAACGUCACGUACUUGGACGCGUGUUCGCUGCAGACGUUCAAGCUCACGCCCGUUUUCACCGUGAGCGGAGGAGACCGCGCAGGGGAGCCAGCUUUUACCGAUGCCAACACGCUUGAUAAUGAACCAGUACCUCCUACCAACGGCCAGAUCCUGAACGCAACGGAGACCACAGUUACCGUUUCCUGGGACGGCGCCAAUACCAAGUGUGUCAGCCAGUAUCAGAUCUGCUACCGACCGUUCGGCUUCACGGCCUCCGAGGUCUGCGAGAGGACGGCGCUCACCACCUACAAGCUGCGAGGUCUGGAGGCCUGCGCGGCGUACGAGGUCACGGUCACGUCGCUGUCCCCGCUGGGCGUCCCGAGCUCCGAUUCGCUCUCGUUCUUCGUCAACACCGAUGAAGCGCUGCCCGGCGCCCCAAGGAACAUGGAGGUGCCAGACAUCACCAACGUCACGGCCACCAUCACGUGGGAAGAUCCACUCGACCGCGCCCAGUGUAUCGACAGGUACGUUGUCUCCUACAAAGAGAUCGGACUCAGGACCUCAAAGGCUGUUCCUCCAGUCACUGUCUACGGGGAACACAUGGUCAUCAUUCAGCCUCUUGAACCCUGCAAGAACUACACCUUCGACGUCGCUGCCAUGUCGAAGUCCGGGUAUCUGGGGCCUCUGGCGGAGAGGAAUAAAGCCACGCUCGAGUCCGACCCCGUCCCAGUCUGGUCGCUAGAACUGGGCGCCACCACAGUCGACUCCAUGGCCGCCACCUGGCAGUACUCGACGGCGUGUGUCGACCACUUCCUUGUGUGCUACUACGACGACGAGGAGGUGGGACUCACGUGCGAGGAGGUCUACGACAGCACGUACACCCUCUCCGGUCUCCUGGCGUGCACCACCUACCACGUCUCCGUCACGAGCGUCACGCCGUCGGGCUUCACGAGCGACAAGACAUGGCAGAGCAGUGAUACGCUCGACCUCGCCCCCGGAACGCCUCAGAACCUGCUGAUCACCAAGAUGACGGCGCACUCCAUCGACAUUCAGUACGACCCCCCGGUGGUCAACCCGCAGUGCACCGUCGAGUACGACAUCGAGGUCAUCGACCUGGGAGCGAGCACGAGGGUCGCCUCUCGCCGCCGAGAAGCGCGGCUGGACAGCAUCUUCCAAGACCUGGAAGCCUGCCACGACUACGAGGCCCGCGUGCGCGCCACGUCCCGCACGCAGCUGCACAGCGACUGGGUCACCGCCUACGCCAGCACCUCCGCCGAGGUCACGAGCGAGCCUCUGGGACUCUCGCUGUUCUCGGCGACGGCCUCCUCCCUCGACCUCAUCUGGUUCCGACCCAGCACGAACCCUGACUGCGUCCAGAGGUACGAGCUGCAGUGGAGUUCGGCCUCGGGGGGAAGCGGCUCGCAGACCAUCAGCGGACCUCUGUUUUACGAAGUAGAGACGACCAUUACGGGCCUGGCUGCCUGCACGCCCUACGACCUCUCGGUAACAGCCGUGUCCUCUGUGGGCGAGAGUCUGGCGACGACGCUGACCGCCUCCACGCUCUGUUAACUCUAGUUUUAAGUGAGGGUUUAGGGCUUCUGGAUUCGUGUUAGAUCCUCAUCCAGUUGAAGUGAAUUUGUACUCAUAUAAUCAUCAUAACCUUUAGCAUAUGGUAUAGGUUCCCGCGUUUAUUCCCACCGUUAUAGAUAAAUCACAACAACGCCAUGUCAAUACAAGUUAUGCCUACAUAUACCUUCCUUUCACAACCAGCAUCGAAGUCACAACUGAUCCCAUGAUCUUUCAAAUAACGUCACCCUCUGUCCCUUCUGCAGCGCUUUAUGGAACACUUAUCCUUCAUGGACGAAUGUAUCGCGAUGUAUCCAUGUUGAUACUGAAAUCCAAACCACAACAUUACUUUCUCAACAUGAUACAAAAAAAAGAUAUACAUACUGGACUAUACACAGUUAUUUUCAGGAGGUUUAGCCACCCACUGACAAGGAACUGUGAAAUUAACCGCAUUUUUCUUGGUGUAUAAACAUUCUUAUAGAUAUCGUUUGAACAAUAAAACUAAUUUCUGA